GAGACGCAGAACCUCGCUAGGGCGAAAGAGAAGGCAGGGAGGAGAAGGCAGCAUUUUUCUCCUCCGUCAAAUCAAUCCCAAUCACCAACCCAUUUCUCCACUACAUCCUCCCCCCUGUUUCGCCGAAAACCCUCGCCUUUUUUCUGUCCCUCUGCGGCCCGUCUCCCAUGGAGGAAAUCGGAGCAGGCGCGCCGGCGAGCCCCGCCAGCUGAUCUCCCAGCUAUAGCCGCCCGGAUCGUUGAUGUCCGACCGCCCCGUCCCCGAUCUCGCCGGAAUUCCGAUCGGAAAAUGAACGGAAAAGGACCGGUGGACGCCGGGCCUCCGGAGGCGCCGCCCGCUCUCGAAUGGAAAUUCUCCCAGGUUUUCGGUGAGCGUAGCGCGGGAGAGGAGGUCCAGGAAGUUGACAUUAUUUCAGCAAUAGAAUUUGAUAAAUCUGGGGACCAUCUUGCUACCGGAGAUAGAGGUGGUCGUGUAGUUUUAUUUGAAAGGACCGAUGUUCGAUCUCAUGGUUGCAGAAGGGAUCUCGAGAGGCUAGACUAUCCAGUCAGCAGGCAUCCUGAAUUCCGCUAUAAAACAGAAUUUCAGAGUCACGAACCAGAGUUUGACUACCUUAAAAGUUUGGAAAUAGAAGAAAAGAUCAACAAGAUCCGAUGGUGCCAAGCGGCCAACGGUGCACUGUUUCUCCUCUCCACCAAUGAUAAAACAAUCAAAUUUUGGAAGGUGCAAGAAAAGAAGGUGAAAAAAAUUUCUGACAUGAAUUUGGAUCCUUCACAAGCUACAGGAAAUGAUAGCGCUGCUAGCUCAAGUACUGCUAGCCCUAGAGUAUGCCUUCCAAAUGGUGGAUGUUCAUACAAUUAUAUGUGCAACGACUUUUCCUUUCCUCUUGGUGGAUUUCCAUCACUACGAUUGCCUGUGGUAGUACCAAGCCAAGAAACAAGCCUGGUUGCUAAAUGUCGGAGAAUAUAUGCUCAUGCACAUGAUUAUCACAUCAAUUCAAUUUCCAAUAACAGUGAUGGUGAGACUUUCAUAUCAGCAGAUGAUUUGCGAAUAAACCUUUGGAAUUUGGAAAUUAGCAACCAGAGUUUUAACAUUGUUGAUGUGAAACCUGCAAAUAUGGAAGAUCUUACUGAGGUGAUAACAUCUGCUGAGUUUCACCCUAUUCAUUGCAACACACUGGCAUAUAGUAGCUCAAAGGGCUCAAUACGACUUCUUGAUCUGCGUCAAUCUGCUUUAUGCGAUAACCAUUCCCAGCUGUUCGAGGAGCAUGAGGCAUCGAGUUCAAGGUCCUUUUUUACCGAGAUUAUUGCUUCAAUUUCAGAUAUUAAAUUUGGAAAAGAUGGAAGGCACAUCCUAAGUCGUGAUUAUAUGAUGCUUAAGCUAUGGGACAUCAACAUGGAUUCUGGUCCUGUUGCAACUUUCCAGGUCCAUGAAUAUUUAAGGCCUAAGCUAUGUGAUUUAUAUGAAAAUGACUCCAUCUUCGACAAAUUUGAGUGCUGCCUAAGUGGUGAUGGACUGCGGGUAGCAACUGGUUCUUACAGCAAUCUCUUCCGUGUGUUUGGUUGUGUUGCUGGAAGCACUGAGGCAACGACUUUGGAGGCCAGCAAAAAUCCUAUGAGGAGACAAGUCCAAAACCCUGCAAGGUCUGCAAGGUCUCUGAGCAGUUUGACACGUGUUGUCAGACGAGGAGCAGAAAGCCCAGGCAUUGAUGCAAAUGGAAACUCAUAUGAUUUCACAACCAAGUUGCUCCAUUUAGCAUGGCACCCAACUGAGAACUUGAUUGCCUGCGCUGCUGCCAACAGCUUGUACAUGUAUUAUGCUUAGAGAAGGCCAUGGAAGGAAAUGAAUUAGCAAGCAAUUUUUUUCCUGCGAGGGGGGAGGGUUGCUUCCAGUGAAAGCGAUUUGCUUUUCAUGCAACCAGCAAAAUCCAGGAGGAGGGAAUGCCAUUAAAUGAUCACACGUGUUUUGAAAUCGGGGCCAGAGGAGCGGUCAGAAUCCAUGAGGGAGUAAUCCAUCUUUUCUUCCCUGGAGGGCAGCUUAGCUCUGAUUUUUCCCUUUUCUUUUCUUUUUUUUAUGGGAAAAGAUUCACAUCUUUUGUUAUAAUGUUCAGUUAGGUCGCAAGGUGUGAUUGUAGCUCUGCUACAACCAAACCAAAGGCUGAUCAAGGGUCUGUGUCUCAGAUGCUAUGAGAGACUGUUCUGCUGCCUGUCAUGCAGGAGCAUGGGGGCCUGUAUCUUUAGGACAAGCAUUUUGAGGCUUGUUAAAGUUUGUUAUCAUUAUUAUUGUUCAUCUCUUUAGCGCUAACCCUUUUUUAAAUAUUGAAAGAGUUGCCAGCCUCGUGCUUAUCUUUA